GCCUGCCACAUGGGGCCCAUUUCUCAGAUCACCUCGUCCACCUCGCGCCUCUCCAACGCCGCCGCCGCCGCCACCGCCAACCGCCGCACACCAUGGCCCUCGCGUGUGCGUCUCAUUUGCGCCGCCUCGGAGCCGGAGCUCCGGCGAGAUCCUUCCACGCGCAUCCGUACCAAGCCAAGGUCGGCGUGGUGGAGUUCCUGAACGGGGUCGGGAAGGGGGUGGAGACGCACGCCGCCAAGGUGGAGGAGGCGGUCGGCGGCGACCUCCAGAGCCUCCUCCACGCCCGCACUCUGCGGCUCAAGAAGCUCGGCAUCCCCUGCAAGCAGAGGAAAUUAAUUUUGAGUUUCGCUCACAAGUAUCGUCUUGGUCUUUGGAAGCCCCAAGCAGAAUCCAAGAAAACACAGUGAAGUUGAUUUGUAUUGAAGUGGACCACUUUGAAAACUGUUUGCUAUCAUUAUACUUACCUGGGAAAAUGCAACGAAAGUUAGUUUCUAAUUUCCCCUAGAAUUAUUGGUAGUGCUGGACUUGAGAAUUUGUCAGAUAUUGAGUUGUAGUGUAAUAGUAGUUUCUAUUCAGCCGUCUGAAAAUGUGCCUAUGCUUUAUAGCAACCCUUGCAUGGAAUCUGAAAGUUCCAAUCUUAUGCCUUUUUAGUACUUUGUUUUAAUGUUUUUCACUUGUGCGAAAAUAAUAAAGUUUAAGCUAGCAAUAUGUCCUACCAA